AUGAGCAGCUUUGGGAGACGCACCAAUGAUGGACAAGAUAACUAUCUUAUGAACCAACAGACCGCACUGCCUGUUCCAUAUGGUCAUGCAGAUGGUCAUGAAUUCAGUGCUAAUGGGUCUGGGCCAUAUCACCUUUCUCAUCAACCCUUCAACUCAUAUGCACAUCAAGUUAGCCCGCCAUAUAGCCAACAUUCAAGUCUAUCUUCUGCCACACAAAAUCUUUCUCCUCACUACUCGCCUGUGCAUUCAGUCCCGCCCACACCGGAUCAAGCAAGGCCACAGUACCAGUCUCCGAAUUAUAUACCUCAAACUCGCUACUGUCAGUCAAUAAGGUAUAUACCUCUUCGCGAGGCGCUUAACGAAGCCGAUAUUGAAAGCCAGGAGUCGCGAAAUGAAAGUACAAUGCUGUCUGAACCAGUGAUCCCGCGGUUGGAUGGAUUUCCAGAUGUGAGGGAGUUUGAUCAAUUAAUGAAAAGUUAUGUGGAUGAUUUGUCUGUUAAAAAGCAGGACAAGGCCCUAAUCCACGCCAAAAGAGCACGGAACAUAAGGACAGUCUUAAUAGACCCAAAAGAUACAGCCAUAGAGUCCGCCCAGUUUCGGUUCUGGGUCAAAAAGAUGUUCAAGCUUCAGGCAAUUGAAAUUGGAACAUCAGACUGCACGAGGAUGAUCUGCCAUGAAGGAAAGCCAGUGGCAAUUCGAGAAAAAUUGUUUAAAAUACUCACCAAGGCCCAUCAGCAGUGUCAACACGGAGGCAGAGACAAAACAUCUGCUCAGGUUCGGCGGAUCUACUCAUGGGUACCAAAGGAGCUUAUCUCUCGUUUCGUGAAGAUUUGUCCAACUUGUCAAGUACGACGGGGUAGUUCACGCCUAACACCCCCUAACUCGAGGAGAGGCUCGCCCCGUCUUGACCUGAUCUCCCGCUCUCCCAAACUCCCGUCACCCCCGAUAUCAAGGCGCGAGUCUAUUUUCAACGGUCCGAUAUCUCUAGAGAGGCCGCAGGCAGAUUACUUUGGCCAAUUCGACGGCCACGGCAAUUGGGUAGACAGUCAACAAAGUUUCCCUGGACGCUCAGGUAUAAACACAGGGCCUGCACGUCCCUUCAGUAUAGGGGCUAUGGGAAGCCUGCCGAGCUCGGUUUCUACACCAUUGGAUGAUGCUUUUACUGGAGAAUUGUCGGUUCCAUCGCACAUUAGUUACAGCCCUGGCUAUUCCUCCGGCCAUGGGAGUGUGGAUAAUCGCGGCCUCUAA